AUGGCUCUCCGACUUGCCGUCAGCUCUGCACUUCGCCCGGCUAUCAACAGCCAGGUGCGCAAUGCUUCUUCCGCUGUUUCGGUGAAAGAUGUCCUUGCCAAUGCACCACAAGCUGAAGUAACUACCUUGAAGAACGGAUUCCGUGUUGUCACCGAAGACAAUGGAACUGCCACUGCCACUGUUGGAGUAUGGAUUGAGACUGGAUCUCGUUUUGAGAACGAGAAGAAUAACGGUGUUGCUCACUUCCUCGAACGACUCAUCCAUAAAGGUACCGGAAAGAGAGCCUCCGCUGCUCUUGAGUCCGAGCUGAACGCCAUCGGAGCUAAACUCAAUUCUUUCACUGAGCGAGACCAAACCGCUGUUUUUGUACAAACGGGAGCUCAAGAUGUUGAAAAAGUUGUUGACAUCCUCGCCGAUGUUCUCCGUAACAGCAAACUUGAUGCUUCGACCAUUGAUUCCGAGAGAGCUACUCUGUUGAAGGAGCUUGACGCUUCCGACAAUUACCAUCAACUUGUUCUUUUCGAUAUGCUUCACGCAGCUGCCUAUCAAGGAACACCACUUGCUCUCAGUGUUCUCGGAACCAGCGAUAGCAUUCCAGCCAUCACCGCCCAACAACUGAAAGAAUGGCAAGAGGACCACUACAGACCAGUUCGCAUGGUUCUCUCUGCCGUUGGAGGAGGAGUUUCGAACGUGCCAAGUCUAGCUGAGAAAUAUUUUGGAGAUUUGAGCAAUGAAUAUCCACGAAAAGUCCCACAAGUCGACGGAACUAGAUUUACCGGAUCUGAGUACAGAUACCGUAAUGAUAAUGUUCCACACAUGUAUGCCGCAUUCGCAGUUGAGGGAGUUGGAUAUGCUCACAAAGAUGCCCUUGCUCUUCAAAUCGCUAAUCAAUUCAUCGGACAAUGGGAUGUAACUCACGCCACUUCCAGAACUGCUGCUUCGAGACUCGUUCAGAAGAUCGGACAUGAUCACGGACUUCAAAACCUCCAACACUUCAACAUCAACUAUAAAGAUACUGGAUUGUUCGGAAUUUACUUUGUGGCUGAUGCUCACGACUUGAACGACACCAGUGGAAUCAUGAAAUCCGUUGCUCACGAAUGGAAGCAUUUGGCUUCUGCUACCACUGAUGAGGAGGUUGCUAUGGCCAAGAACCAAUUCAGAACCAACUUGUACCAAAUCCUCGAGACCAACACACAAAAGGCUGGAUUCAACGCCAAAGAACUUCUUUACUCUGGACAACUUCGACAGCUUUCGGAACUUGAGGCACAAAUUCAGAAGAUUGAUGCUGGAGUCGUUCGCGAGGCUAUUUCCAGACACGUAUACGAUCGUGAUUUGGCUGCCGUUGGAGUUGGCCGCACGGAAGCAUUCCCCAACUACGCUCACGUUCGUGCCGGUAUGUCGUGGUGGAGAUUGUAA